AUGUUGACCGUCGAUUCCUACCUCAAGGCCUUGCUCGCGCUUUCCGGAAACGAGCAGCUUGCCACACCCCGCCAACAUCUGCUCCAAGGCAUCAAUGACGAAGACCUUUCGGAACUACUCAAGAAGGCCGUGGCAAGAGAGUUUGCGCGCGGUGGCUUGGAAGACAUCGUUUCGGUCAUUCUGGACGUCAUCGCACGGGACCCGGAUUCAGUCAACGGUGACGGUAGCAGUGUCGCUCGCGCGACAGCUAGCGUCAAGAUUGAGCAAGAUCAAGGAAACGGUGCUCAGCAGCAAUCUGAGAACGACAUCAUGGUGAUGAGCGAUCAACCAGCAUCAGGUCGACCAGCAUCAGACCGACCAGCAACACCAGCCACGUCGGUAUCAAGCAAGCGAGAACCUCCACUAUCUCCCGGCUCUGUCAUCAGCAAACGUUCCAGGGUCAAUGCUCCUACCGUAGUCGCCACGCAAGCUGGUGCCUCCGCCAAAAUGAUAAGCCUUCGAGACUGUGAGAAGGAGCAGAUGAUAGACAACAAGAUCGUUCCGCCCAUCAAGAUCGCAGUCUGGCAAGUCUACUACGUUGGCUUUGCAUUUCACUACAAUGAGUAUAAGGGCCUCGACCCGGCCACCCUAUUCAGCUCAAAGUUUGCUGAAGAUUACCUUUCCACCGAUCUUCAUAUAUUAGAGUGGGGCAAGCGUAAAUAUUAA